GAGGAGGAGGAAGAGGAGGAGGAGGAGGAGAGGAAGAAAAGACUGAGAGACAAAAACAAUGGACAGACCCGAGGCGGCGCCGGAGAGCGGACGACCCGACUCCCGUCAAGCCCUGUGACGCUGUGGCCCGGCGCGGGCCCCAUGUUCUCCCUGAGCCUCCGCUGGCCCUGAUACCAUGAGGAGUCACGGCCUCCUGUCUGUGGCCAUGGCCUUGGUGGGCUUUCUGAGCCCGAGCGUCACCGGACUGACUCCUCGAGUGUCCUUCCCUCUGGGCAGCCCCGGGAGACCUCUGGUCCACUUCGGCAGCCCGGACGUGACCAACACGACCACGCUGCUGCUCAGCGGCGACGGAGACACGCUCUACGUGGGCGCUCGCGACUCGGUGCUGGCCCUGGACGUCAGCCGGGACGACGCCAUCAGCCUGACCCACCGGCUGGACUGGAGUCCGUCAGAGAAAGACCUGGAGCAGUGCUCCAUGAAAGGAAAGAAGAUGGCCGACUGUCCCAACUUCAUCCGGGUUCUGCAGUUCCUGAACUCGUCCCACCUGUACGCCUGUGGAACCUUCGCCUUCAGUCCGCGCUGCAGCUACAUCGACUCCACGACGCUGAUGAGUCUGAAAUCCGAGGAGGGGCGGGGCCGCUGUCCGUACGACCCCUACCAGCGCAACACCGCCAUCACCGUAGAUGGAGAACUGUACACGGGGACCGUGGCGGACUACCGGGGGAACCGGCCCGUCAUCUCCAGACACCUGGGCGAGGGGAGCAGGGUGGACCUGAAGCUGGACGACAGUCUGGGAUGGCUGGAGGAUCCGACCUUCAUCGGCUCCACCUUCAUCCCAGACGAGGAGAAAAUCUACUUCUUCUUCAGCGAAGUGGGCCGGGAGUACGACUUCAUCGAGAAGUUCAUCGUUUCUCGUGUUUCCCAGAUCUGCACAAGCGACGUCGGGGGCCAGCGGACCCUCCAGAAGCGCUGGACCACCUUUGCCAAAGCCCAGCUGCUGUGUCAGGCCGACGGCGAGCUGCCCUACAACCUGAUCCAGGACAUAGACAACCUCCCGCCAGCAGAGGGCGCCGCCGCAGACGACACGCUCUUCUACGGCGUCUUCACCUCGCAGUGGUCGGUGAACUCGGGCCGCUCCGCCGUCUGCUCCUUCAGCCUGGCCGACAUCAGGGCCGUCUUCUCCGGGAACUACAAGGUCCUGAACCGGGACAGCCUGCAGUGGAGCACCCGGGUCCAGGAGAAGGUGGCGAACCCUGGAGAGUGUGGACUCCACAACGCCUCCGAUAACGCCCUGCGCUUCGUGAAGGAGAACUUCCUGGCAGACGACAGCGUGCGCCCGGCGGCCCGCGGUCUGACCCUGGUGUCCACCGAGCAGAACUACAGCAAGGUGGUGGUCCAGAGAGUCCAGGCGGCCAACCUGAGGCUGUACACCGUGCUCUUCCUGCUCUCAGAUUCCGGCUUCCUCCAUAAGACCGUGCUGCUCCAGGACGGCGUCCACAUCAUCGAGGAAGUCCAGGUCUUUGAGAGUCCUCAGCCGACCAGCAGCCUGAAGCUCUCCGUCCCCAAGGCUACUGUCUACGUGGGGACAUCGGACGGCGUGGUGAAGCUCCCGACCGCCAACUGCUCCUUCUACUGGACCUGUGCUCAGUGCGUUCUGGCUCGAGACCCCUUCUGCGCCUGGGACCCUGCCGGCCGGGAGUGUGUCCGAGUGUCCGGCGUCCAGACUGCCCUACGUCAGGAUGUAGAUGGGGGAAAUGUUGAAGAAGCUUGUCUCAGUGCUUCCCUCACACUCAGAACCAGAUCUGGUCCCGGCAGACUUCCUGCAGGUGAACUCGUCUCGGUGUCUCUGAAUGAGGUGGUGCGGCUGCACUGUCCCGCCAUGUCCCGGCUGUCCCGCCAGCUGUGGGAGCGUCCCAACAGCCGGCUGUCGGCGGACCUGUACCUGCGCCUGGAGGACGGCGGGCUGAUGUUCGUGGCCACGCCCGCCACGCUGGGCCACUACCUGUGUCGCUCCGCCGAGAACGGCUACCAGCAGACAAUGGCCAUCUACCUGGUGAGACAGAAGAGCAGCCCCGUGGCCCAGACCCCCACCAGCUUCUCCUGGUUCACCAGGCGUCUGGUCCCGACCCAGACCGUGGCCGAGCCCGGACCUGGACCCAGACUGCUGUCCUCCGAGGGGGUCGUUCCCCACCAGGCAGACGUGAAGCAGGGACACGCUGGGCCGACGCCGUCCACCCGGGGCAACCAGGGGACCCCCAGACAGCCUCAGAGGAACCUGAGCCUGUGGACCGACGGGGAGCCCCUGCUGGCCCCCCGGGGGCCCUGCUACCUGAAGGAGCUGGUGGUAGUGUCCGUGCUGCUGGUGCUCUGCUUCAGCGUGCUCGUCACUCUGGUUCUGUACGUGGUCCGGCUGAGGGUCCGCACCAGAACCGCCCCCCUAGGGGGCUCCGCGGGCCGGGAUACAGACAGACGGACCCCCGUGGACCAGGAGGCCUUGAGUGGGAACAAGGUUUCCAGCAGGCGCAACGGACAAGUCGUGCACGGUGCGCAUGGCAGAGAGUCUGCAUGUAACGGGACACUCAGCGGCUCCAACGGACAUCUACCCAACAUCCCCAUCUGAAUACCCAUGAGUCCCUGUGACACAGGAGCCGUGGACCAGGUACACACCGUAUGGUACCGGUACCGGCCUGGGUCCAGACAUGUCAGGACCUGAAGAACAUCACAAGUUCUGAAGGGGUGGUUCCACAGUUCAGACGAGGUCUUUAAGGUACAACAUGAAGGUUCCACGCUGAAGAACACUGAAACCCGUAGAAUGUGAUCGGUUUGCGUCGCCUCAUCCUGUGUCGGCAGCAGGUCUCAGAUCUGAGAAGCCCCGGUAACGUCAGUGUUCGGUAAAGAGGAGAGGUUGCACACACUGACUCAGACUGAAGUGCCAACAGGACGGGUCCAAGAGAAGGCGACCUCGAACCCAUCUGGACACACACCCCGUCUCUGAUCCAACGCCAGAGACGGACCGGUACCAUUUCUACCAAGAACUCCGACCCUGAAUGUUUUAGUUCCAAAGCAGAAAAAGAUGUGAAAAUUUGUUACAAAAUAUUUUUACAAAAUCUGACGAGAGACUUUUACAAAGAGGUAAAAAUUCCACAGGGUGUCAUUUGUGACGGUGCCUCCUGGUGCAAA